AUGAAGAAUCGGGUUAUCACCGUCCGUGGUAUAGUGUCGUUGUUGACUGUGUGCCUGGGAUUUUUCUCGACCGCAUUAUGCCAAAGUUGUCCCUCGAGGUGCUUGUGCUACCUCAGCCAACAGCCGAGAACCAUAACCUGUUCGAGACAAGGCUUGGAAGUUUUCCCGAAAAAUAUCAGUGACGUUGUGGAGCAGUUGAAUUUAUCGAAUAACUUACUAAGAAAUAUCAGCAACGACAUUAAUCGACUGACAGAAUUACAAUACUUGAAUUUAGCACGGAAUAAAUUAAGUUCGUUACCUGACGAUUUGAUUGCCUUGAAGAAUCUACGAGGAUUGGAUUUGAGUGGCAAUGAAAUACACAAAACCAGCAACAUUUUUGCUAUAAGACAACUGCAGUCUUUAACUGUUGUUUAUCUAUCGAAGAAUCCAUUAACUACUUUAGAAGGUCUCAUAAGUUCUACCCUUGAAAUUUUAGACGCUAGUCAGUGUGGAAUACGAGAACUAAGUAAUUCGUCCUUAGACGGUCUUCCAGCGUUAAUUACAUUGAGUCUAACAGGAAAUCCUUUGAAAUUCAUUCAGUACCCAUGGAGUCCAAAAUUACGAUUGCUUGACGCGUCCGACUGUCAUUUGAAUUACUUGAGUCCGGAUACAUUCAGCGGAUUUCCGGAACUGUUAGAACUAGUACUGAACAACAAUCCUACACUAGUUUACAGUACGAGACACUCGACAUUAACGCACCCAAAGCUGAGAAGACUCGAAGUGUCGCACUGCAAUUUGGACAGACCGGGUCUCCACGGACUCCCAUCACUGACCCAAGCCCGCUUAUCCCGCAACGUGAUUCGAAUGUUGCCAGAUCGAAUUUUCGCCACGAACAAGGAGCUCGGAUUUUUGUAUUUAAACGCGAACGGUAUAGAAAGCUUGAACACCAGCACCUUCGAAGGUUUGGUGAACCUGAAAGUACUGGAUUUGUCGAUGAACAGCAUCGGAACGAUUGAUCCGUUAACGUUUCACGAGAACAUCGAACUGAAAUCGCUGAAUUUGUCGUCGAACACUCUGCAAGAAUUUCCGAAUCUUAUGUCGUCUGUGACGUCGUUGGACGUAUCGUCGAACAUGAUCAACAAGCUUGAUAAUAAUUUUCUGGCUAAUUUACCGAAAAUAAAGAGCAUCGAUCUGAGCGACAAUCGAUUGGAGAAGAUACCGUCUGAACAGAAAUCGACGACCUUGAAGAAUCUGGACUUGAAGAGGAAUAGGAUAAUGAUGAUCGAGAAUGACACUUUUCUGCAGUUGACGCAACUCACCAGAAUCGAUUUAUCAGGAAAUCGUUUAACAGAAGCCCUAGACCCAGAGAUGUUUCGAAACAAUCCAAACUUAAACAUCAUCAAGUUAGAGGAUAAUCCAUGGCGUUGCGAUUGUGACGACUUACUAUUUAUGUACACAUUUUUAACCGAACAACCAGCUAAAACUUCGGAAACGAGUUUGAUCUGUCAGAGUCCAGCGAACGUAUCUGGUUAUACAUGGAAAAGUGCUUGUUACGAUGAAUGGAGUACACCUUUGUAUCACAAUGUGGACAGAACUUGGGGAUUUAUAAUGGUGUCUGCUCUUACGGUGGUUGUGUUGCUCGGGAGCCUUGUGUCUAUUAGACACAUGAUGAGGGUUAAAAGGAGAGCCAUGGAACAGAGACAACAAUUAGAGACGUUGAGACUACUGAGACAGAGAAGAAUUCACCAGAUCGUCGAAGAGGAACGUACCGAGCGUGUGCCAGAACCUCGUAUCCAUCCUUUGGAGCUGAUCGGGCCACCCAGUUACGAAGAAGCGGUGCAAAUGCCAAGAUUAGCACGUUCCUUAGACAACCUGGAUGAAAUCUCCGUGGAAACCACGUCGGUACGUGUGAUGGGUUCCGCGGAUAACAUACGAACGAAGCAGCGUCGCUCGCGAAGAACGAAGAAGAGAAUUCACAGCGAGGACGACCUGCUCCGACGAGAGGAGCGACGAGUCGAGAGGAUUCGACGAGUGCGAAACAACUCGGUCGGUAACGUCGGUAACGACUUACCGAGUCAGAGGAAUUCCAGGUCGAGAUCUGCCCGAAGACACAGCGUGAUGAGCGAUUCCAACGAUACCGGAAGCGGACGGGUUCGACCCAGGCCACAGACACCGAGUGCAAGAAAAAAGAAACGCAGACGAACGCUUUACGAUGGACAUUCGAGUGACGACGAAGACUCGGACAUUCAACCGAUCGGUUCGAGCAGAUCGAUCGUUAUCCGAGAACUUCGACGAGAACCCAGAAGUGGACACAGAGAAACUGCGGUGGAACGAGAGAGUACUGAAUGAAACGUGGAUGUGAUUUUAUGAAACUUUUUCAGAGUGUUGCACGGUGAGGUUCGCGGGAUCGUUGACAUUGAUGGACAGAUUUUGUAGGUUUUAUAGGGUUCGUUCGCUGUGGCGAUUAAGGGGGUUGAUGACAUUUUCGAGGUAUGAAUUAA